CAUAUCUCACCUCCCUACGACCUGAAUUUUCCCCGCUUUCAUUCUCAUAUAGUCCGCUGCCAUGGUUCUUUCGGAUUUAGGGCGUAAAAUAAACGCCGCCGUCGCCGAUCUCACGCGUUCACCUAAUCUCGAUGAAAAGGCCUUUGACCAUAUGAUCAAGGAAAUAUGCAACGCGCUUGUCCAGGCAGACGUCGCCGUAAGGCUUGUCACAUCUUUGCGGAAGUCGAUAAAGGCUACCGUAAAUUUUAAAGAGCUCGCACCGGGCGUCAACAAGAAGCGGAUCAUUCAAAAGGCAGUGUUCGAUGAGCUGGUGAAGUUGGUGGACCCGCACAAUGAGCCUUACAAGCCCAAAAAAGGAAGACCAAACGUGAUUAUGUUUGUUGGACUUCAGGGUGCUGGCAAAACGACAACAUGUACCAAGCUGGCAAGGUGGUACGCUGCGAGAGGAUUUAAAAGUUGUCUCGUUUGCGCCGAUACGUUUCGAGCUGGUGCAUUCGACCAGCUGAAGCAAAAUGCAACAAAGGCCAAGAUACCAUACUACGGCUCGUUAACUCAGACGGAUCCGGUACAGGUUGCAAGGGAUGGUGUUGAAAAGUUCAAGAAGGAGCGCUUUGAGAUCAUCAUUGUGGAUACGUCUGGACGACAUCGGCAAGAAAAGGAUCUAUUUGACGAAAUGGUGCAAAUCCAAAACGCUGUCAAGCCGGAUCAAACCAUCAUGGUGCUUGACGCCUCAAUUGGUCAAGCUGCAGAGCAACAGUCCCGGGCCUUCAAAGAGACGGCCGAUUUUGGUGCUAUUAUCAUUACCAAGACGGACGGUGCAGCAAGCGGUGGUGGAGCUAUAUCUGCUGUUGCAGCUACACAUACGCCCAUCGUAUUCAUUGGCACAGGCGAGCACAUGACCGACCUUGAACGAUUCUCUCCACAACCCUUCGUUUCUAAAUUGCUUGGUAUGGGCGACAUGCAAGGGCUGGUAGAUAUGGUUCAAUCACUCAAGUUGGAUCAAAAGGACACCAUGAAACACAUUGCCGAAGGAGUCUUCACCGUGCGGGACUUGAGAGACCAGAUUGGGAAUAUCAUGAAAAUGGGCCCCCUGUCCAAGAUGGCAGGUAUGAUCCCUGGAUUAUCCAACAUGAUGGGUGGCAUGGACGAUGAGGAAGGCUCAAUGAAGUUGAAACGUAUGAUUUACAUCUGCGACUCGAUGACGGAAAAGGAGCUGGACUCAAACGGUCAAAUAUUCAUUGAUCAACCUUCCCGAAUGGUACGCGUGGCUCGCGGUUCGGGUACCAGUGUGCGCGAAGUCGAAGAUCUGUUGACACAGCACAAGGUAAUGGCCAACAUGGCUAAGAAGAUGAAGGGAAACAUGGCGAACAUGGAGAAGGCUAAGGGAGUCAUGCAAGGCAAGAACAAUAAGCAGCAACUGGAGGCUGCGCAAAAGCGAUUACAGUCAAUGGGCGGUGCUGCUGGACUGGGUGGACUACCAGGCGGCGCGGAUCUGGCCAACAUGAUGAAGAUGUUUCAGGGCGCUGGGGGCGCACCUGGAGGUGGGCUGCCUGCUGGCGGAUUCCCGGGUAUGGGUGGUGGGAUGCCAGAUAUCGGCAGUUUGAUGAAAAUGAUGGGACAGAUGGGCGGUGGGGCCGGCGGGCAAGGAAGGGGAAGAAGAUGAGCAGCGCAGCGAGAGAGAUGGAGAAGGUGGAACAGGACGUACUUACAAACAGAAAAUUUUCCCGCCCUCGAGAUGGGCCAUGAAGAUUCCAUGUGCUCGCUAGCGCGCUAUGCGCUCCAAGGAAGCAUUUGGCGCCAAGCCGGAUACAACAUACAGCUUCGGGAGAGAUGGAAAUCAAGGUGUGUAUCGAUGGAUGUCUGCAAGACUACGAGACUCCUCAAUCACCUGAAGCACUGGCACGUUGGAUGUGGCAACAAUACUUUAAGAAAUUCAACGUGUCUGGACAAUAUUCAUAUGCUCUAUAUCGAGUAAAUCAAAUCGACUGCCACAACGAUAAAGAAGAUUCGUUGUAUAUAAUAAUUCCGAGCCUGUUCAAGCUCCUUCUUUAACACGCUAAAACGCUUCAUAUGCCGAGCUAAUUCGUAUGGCCAUGCGAACGGCAAAUGAACUACGGAUAUUAGCUAGCGCCAAUUCGUCUGGAAACAGUCAUG